AUGCGCGCUGGCGCUGUCGUGGCAGCGGCAGCAGGUCUGCUCAGCUUUAGUAGCGCUUCGACGCUGACGCCUCCAGUGCUGCCGCUCAUUGUACGCAAUCCGUACCUCUCCACGUGGCUGGCCAACGCGAGAGAUGAGCCGUGGUCGAAAUGGCCAAUGCACUGGACUGGACAAUCGGUCGGCUUGAGCAUUCUUGCUUCAGUUCCAGAGACCUCCAACGUCUAUCCACUCCUGGGAAGACCGCACGAUGGCUUGGACCGUGACAGCAAUCAUUAUACCGUCGCCUUCCCGCAGUACCUAGGAGCUCAAUACGAUGCCUCCACGACCAAUCUCACCUACGCCAUUCCCUCGUACAAGACAGCAAACGGCAGCGUCGAGAUCGUGCUGUCUUUCCUCUCACCGAUCACGCCCACUUCGACUCUGCGGCAGUCGAUUCCGGCCAGCUACUUGAGUGUUCAUGUGAAGGGCAAUUUCAAUGUAGAUAUCUAUGUUGACGUAAAUGGCCAGUGGGUCAGCGGCAAUCGCGGAUCCAGAAUUGAAUGGGACCUGCAUGACAGUGAGAAGAAGCUGAAAACCUGGAGAAUCAAGCGGAGUAAUGAGGAGCUCUUCACAGAGUGGAACGAUCGCGCCGAAUGGGGCUCUCUGCACUUUACAGGGCCUGCAGACAUCCACCAUGAGUGUGGUGUUUCGAAUCUGUUGCGACAACGCUUCUCGAGGACUGGGUCUCUGCAGAAUGCGGUUGACGACUCGUAUCGAAGCAUCAUGGACGAGGAGCCUGUGUUUGCGUUCAGUAAAUCGUUCAACUUGAGCGGUGGAUGCACUGAUGAGUAUGUCGAAGACAGCGUGCUCUUCACAAUUGCCCAUAUCCAGGACCCAGUCACGCAAUUCGCCUCGGCACGCGGUCUUACCAUGAUGAGGCCAUUGUGGAAGUCGUACUUCUUCACAAACGAUGCUCUGACCUCGUUCCACUACCACGACUACAAGCAUGCCUUUACACUUGCAGCUGACUACUCGGCGAAGGUAGCAAAAGAUGCUUACGCCAGCGGUAGCGACAGCUACAAGGACAUUGUCGAGCUCAGCGCGAGGCAAGUUCUGGGCGGGACUGUCUUCAGCGGAACUCCGGACAACCCGAUCCUCUUCCUGAAGGAGAUCAGCAGUGACGGCAACUGUCAGACCAUCGAUGUCAUCUUCCCUGCCUUCCCCUUCUUCCUCUACACCAACCCGAAAUGGCUCGCGUAUAUGCUUGAGCCACUGCUUGAGCACAUGCUCAGUGGCCAGUACCCGAACGAUUACGCGAUGCACGAUUUAGGCGCGUCCUUCCCGAAUGUGACGGGACACCCAGAUGGAAGAGAUGAAUACAUGCCGGUGGAGGAGUGUGGAGAUAUGUUGAUUAUGGGACUGGCUCUGGUGAACAGUCUCAAGUACGACUCGCAAGAGCAGGCACAGUCUCCAUGGAGCGCUUUGGGCAAGCCGAAAGAUGUCGCCAGCAUCGAAGCCUCCGAUAGUGUCAGUCCGUUCUCUCUGCCGGCAGUCCUUGAGACCCGAGAAGGCAUCUAUGGUCUCGAUGAUCAGUGGGGUGGAGUCGCCUCCAAGCAUCAAGCGGAGAAAUGGGUGUCUCGGACCUACAGCCUUUGGAAGCAAUGGACAGGAUACCUAGUAGAGUUUUCCUUAUACCCAGAGAACCAGCUCUGCACCGACGACUUCGCCGGUUGGCUGCCGCUCAUGACGAACCUCGCACUGAAGGGCAUCGUCGGUAUCAAGGCUAUGAGCGAGCUUGCUGAGCUGGUAGGCGAGAAGGAAGACGCCAAGCACUACCGCAACAUUAGCGAGUCUUACAUCAAGACUUGGGAGAAGGAGGGCAUCGCGCAUGAUGGUGGCCGAGCCAAGCUAGCAUACAACUGGCAAGGCAGCUGGACGACCAUCUACUCCCUCUACGCAGACGCUCUGCUGUGCUUCCACCCGUCACUGAACGCAUCCUCAAGCGAUCUUGACAUGCACAGGGCUGGCACCCAGGAGCCCCUGAUGCCACACAGCAAAGACGCCAGCAACUUCAUCCCAGACCACAUCUACACAACGCAGUCUCGUUGGUAUGAGGUGGCCAUGCAGAAGUACGGACUUCCACUAGACAGUCGGCACUUCUACACCAAGAGCGACUGGGAAUUCCAGGCUGCUGCCGUGUCCAGCAAAAAAGUGCGAGCUCAGAUCCUGGAUCGGGUCGCGAAGUGGUUGAAUGAGACGAGUACUGAUCGGCCAUUUACUGAUCUCUAUAAGACGGAGGAUGAUGGCGGAUAUCCAGGGCCGAACUUCUUUGCUAGGCCGGUCAUUGGUAGUCACUUUGCUUUCUUGACGCUUGAGAGGGCUUGUGGUGGGAAGGGGAGCCAGGCUUUCAUGUAUGAGUCGUAA